AUGAGCGGGUCAGAAUCAAAUCAGAAUGCUGCUGCAUCAUCCAAAGUAGCAUCAUCAUCAAAUAUUCGCCAACCACGACAACGUAUGGCACAGAACUACCUUCUCCUAUGGUUGGAUAAUAUCAUCGACCAAACAAACGAAAAUUAUCAAAAUACAUUAGAACAAAUAGAAACCAUUACUGGUGAUGUCAAUGUCUUUAAGCAACGAGAUGCAUGUAUCGACUUUCUUACAGAUGCUGAAGAAGAUAUCAAGUUUUUUCUUAUUAUCAAGGAUACUAUGUCUGAACAAAUAAUGCCCCUCAUCAAUAAUAUUCCUCAGCUGCAUGGUGUUUAUAUCUUCAAUGAUAUUAAAACCAUACAUGGAGUAUGGACAAAAAAAUGGAAAAAAAUGAAGAGCGUUAAUACUAACAUCAAUGAUCUAUGCCAGGCAUUACAAACCGGUAUCAAGCAGUUCAAUCAAGAUUCGAUUCCAGUAAGCUUUCUCACGGUAAAUGAAAUGUCUUCAACUGAUAAUUUAAAUCAGUUGGAACCAACUUUUAUGUAUACACAGAUAUUCAAGGAACUUCUCCUUGAUAUGGAAUAUAAUGAACAAGCUAUCAAACAGUUUAUUACAUACUGUCGACGUCUUGAUUGUGUGUCCUCAAUUAAUAUUAACCGUUUUGAGAAAGAAUAUUGUGCUCAAUUAGCUAUUUGGUGGUAUACUUUUCCCUCCAAUCUCUAUUAUAUGCUUAAUGAUGCUCUUAGAACAUUGGACGCCGAUGCAAUUAUUACUAUGGGUUUUUUUAUGUGUCAUCUGCAUCAACAAAUUCAACAGCUGCAUGAACAACAACUCAGUAGUUAUGGGCGAAAACCUUUUUUAGUUUAUCGAGGACAAGGUCUUAUAAAGUCAGACUUUAAAAAACUUCAGAAAGCAAAAGGUGGACUUAUGUCAUUCAACAAUUUUUUGUCUACUAGUACAGAUAAAGAAGUGUCCUUCCGUUUUGCUCAGGAUGCUUCAACAGAACUCAAUAAAGUUGGCAUUCUUUUUAUAAUGUUCAUUGAUCCUUGUUUGAAAUCUAUACCAUUUGCCUCCAUCAAAGAGGUGAGUUAUUUUAAGGCAGAAGAAGAAAUUCUCUUCUCAAUGCACACCGUGUUUCGAGUGAAUGCAAUUAAACAAAUGGACAAUAAUAAUCAACUUUAUCAAGUUGAAUUACAAUUAACAUCGGAUGAUGAUCAACAAUUACGAUUACUUACUGAUAUAAUACAAGAAGAAGCUGGUGGCGGUACUGGAUGGCACAGACUGGGUAAUUUAUUGCUUAAAAUUGGUCAAUUUAAUAAAGCUGAAGAGCUUUCUAAUGUAUUACUCGAGCAGACAUCUGAUGCGCGUGAAAGGGCGCAUUAUUAUAAUCAGUUGGGAUGUGUCAAAAAUAGCCAGGGUGAUUAUGAAAAGGCUAUUUGGUAUUACGAGCAAGGACUUGAAAUUGAUCAAAAAACUCUUCCUUCAAAUCAUCCUUCUUUGGCUACUUCAUACAACAACAUUGGUAAUGUGUAUAGCAACAUAGGAGAGUACUCGAAAGCACUAACAUCUUACGAAAAAGCACUUGAAAUUGAACAAAAAACUCUUCCUUCAAAUCAUCUUUCAUUGGCUACUUCAUACAGCAACAUCGGUAUUGUGUAUGACAACAUGGGAGAGUACUCGAAAGCACUUUCAUAUUACGAACAAGGACUUGAAAUUGAACAAAAAACUCUUCCUUCAAAUCAUCCUUCAUUGGCUACUUCAUACAACAACAUCGGUUUGGUGUAUAACAACAUGCGAGAGUACUCGAAAGCACUUUCAUUUUAUGAAAAAGCAGUUCAAAUCCAACAAAAAACUCUUCCUUCAAAUCAUCCUUCAUUGGCUACUUCAUACAACAACAUCGGUUUGGUGUAUAACAACAUGGGAGAGUACUCGAAAGCACUUUCAUCUCACGGAAGAGCACUUGAAAUUCGACAAAAAACUCUUCCUUCAAAUCAUCCUUCAUUGGCUACUUCAUACAACAACAUUGGUAGUGUGUAUGAUAACAUCGGCGAGUACUCCAAAGCACUUUCAUUUUACGAGAAAGACCUUGAAAUUUGUCAAAAAACUCUUCCUUCAAAUCAUCCUUCAUUGGCUACUUCAUACAACAACAUCGCUUAUGUGUAUUAUAAUAUGAAAGACUAUUUGAAAGCACUGUCAUAUUAUGAACGGGCUCUGGACAUAUGGCAACGAGCAUUACCUCCAACUCAUCCUCAUAUCAAAAGUGUGAAAGAGAGUAUUGACAUUGUAAAAAAGAAGUUAUGCAGAAUAAUUGAUAAAUAA